GUUGUGGCAUCACCUGGAAGUAGUCACGCGGGCGGGAUGAUCAGAACAACAAGAUGGCGGAGAAUGAAGAGGUUCAGCAGGAGUCAGUUCCGUAACACAGACUUCACCCUGUUGACUGGUGAAACAGCUGUGUGGCACAACAUCAAAACCAGCAUGAAUCUCCAACCGCCAGCCCCUGUCAUCCCCCCUGUGCACCCCGAUGUGCAGAUGAAGCCCCUGCCUUUCUAUGAUGUUCUGGACAUCCUAAUCAAGCCUUCAAGUCUAGGGGUGAGUACCGCACAGAGGUACCACCAAGAAAAAUAUUUUAUCUUCGCCUUGACUCCACAGCAGGUUCGCGAAGUAUGUAUAUCCAGGGAUUUUCUUCCAGGUGGCAGAAGGGACUAUAUGGUUCAAAUUCAACUGAGGGUUAUGCACCUCCACCAAAAAAUGGUGUGGAGCAGAAGAGACCAGGAAGACCUCUCAACAUUACCUCCCUUGUCCGACUCUCAUCUGCAGUACCAAAUCAGAUUUCAGUGACAUGGGCACCUGAAAUUGGAAAAACCUAUUCUAUGUCUGUGUACCUGGUGAGGCAGCUGACAUCCCCAUUGCUGCUCCAGAGGUUGAGGAUGAAGGGCAUCAGAAAUCCAGACCACUCCAGAGCACUAAUUAAAGAGAAGCUGACAGCAGAUCCAGACAGUGAGAUUGCUACAACAAGCCUUCGAGUCUCACUUAUGUGUCCGCUGGGUAAGAUGCGGCUGACGGUGCCAUGCCGGGCAGUAACCUGCUCUCACCUGCAGUGUUUUGACGCUGCCCUCUACCUACAGAUGAAUGAGAAGAAACCCACUUGGAUUUGUCCUGUGUGUGACAAGAAAGCAACAUACGAGAGUCUCAUUAUUGAUGGUUUAUUCUUGGAGAUCCUCAACGACUGUUCAGAUGUGGAUGAAAUCAAGUUUCAGGAAGAUGGAACCUGGUGUCCCAUGAGACCAAAGAAAGAUGCUGUCAAGGUCCCUUCUCAGUCAGUUCAAAAAAUUGAGACUGCUUUGCGCCAGCCAUCAGUGGUUCCCUUUUCUACUGAGCCCAGCUCCAUCAAGAAGCCUGAUGUGAUUGAUCUAACUCUGGAAAGCUCUUCUUCUUCUGAUGAUGAAGAACAAGCAGACCUUCCACUGAAGAAACGCUGCAUUUACAUUUCCAAGACUGAGGAGAUGCAGGGAAAGGGAGUCUUGACCUACCAGCCCACUGUGCAUGUGCCAAACGUCCAGUCCCUGGACCCAUCGUAUCUGACAUCUACGCUUGCCGACUAUGCAGUCCCCUUCCACCCAUCCACCCUUGCCACCAUCCCCACAGACAUGCAGAGUCUGGAUUUGUUUUCCCUAAUUCAAGCAGAUCCUCAGCAUUACCGGCCUCAGAUGUUCCUGGAUAAUCUGACAGGCAGCAUGCAAAGUGCCGCUGCAGCCAGCACCAGCGCGGCCAUGGUUUCCUCUAGCAGCCACUAUGACACCAGCACCCACACUGCCAGCUCCAUCCAUGAAACAAUGGUCAUCACAGGAGGAGGGGCUGACAGUGGUAUAUCAGAUAUCAUUUCACUAGACUGAGCCAUGUCACACUCAGCCUUUUUCAGGCCUGUUUUUGUGGCCUUUUUUUAGUCUGGACUGCAAGUACAUGUCAUGCUGAGUUUGACACAGAAGCACCCAAAUUGGUAUACAUUAGCACUUUGAUGGUUUGAGCAUUUUCCUUGCAUUGAAAACAAUAUUCAGUGACAUUUCUUUUUGGGUUUUUCAAAUGCAAAUGGGGGUUUCCUCCUAAAUGCUUUGAAUGAUAGAGUUCACUAUUUGUUGGCCAAGGACAACAUACCUGAUGACAUGACAAUUAACAGCUUGUAUCAGUGAACUGUCUUUUCUUCUCUUGAAGUUUGUUGGUCUAACCUUGUAUAUACUGUUAUUUUGGCCUUUGUUUAGUCCUGUAUUUCCUGGUGUUUUAGCCUUGGUUUAGUCUAUUCUCUAGCCUUUUAUGUCUGAUUUGGUGCUUCUCUACCUUGCUAGGUGUCACUCUGUUCACUCUUUUGUAUUGGACAUGGAGCAUAGACUCAAUUAACCUAGCAAGACUUGCAUUACAGCCAUUUAUUUAAACAUUUAUAUUAAAAAUGUUGCCUUAA